AUGGGGCAUUCUGCCGAGCCUGUGGAUUUUUUUGCUCCGGAGUUACCUGAUGGACAUUCUACAGGUCAAUUCGUGACUGCACCUUUCAGAACAUGGCGAAAACUAUCUGACAGGACGCUAGCUCAUGACAAGCUUGAUUACCAUCUUGCUUCUCUGGCAAAGAUGAGUGCAUUCUUGGAUUGUUAUAGUAACCCAUCACAAGCUAUUGACACAGUGCUUGUAUCCGAGGCUCGGAAGCGGAUGGAGGCUAACAAGAAAGUGAUUUCGUCUCUGUUAAAUAGUUUUGCUGUGUGGAAAACAAGAGCAGCUCUCAAUUUCCUUCGCUACGUCUAUUAUGGUACUGUGAAGGAAGUAUUCAUUGCCUUUGUCUCAGUAGAAAGGAUCACAGGAAAGAAUAUUGCUGCAGCAAUUUUAAACUGGAUACAGACAGUUGGAUUGUCACCAAGUGAUAUGCGAGGGCAGUGCUACGUUGGAGCCAGUAACAUGUCUGGAGCAAGAUCAGGGUGUAGUGCUGUUAUUCAACAGCAAGCUCCAAAGGCUGCCUAUUUCCACUGUGCUGCUCAUCAAUUGAAUCUUGUUGUAGUGUCUGCAUUCUUUCUUGAGUUGUUACCUGCACUUCACACAUCUCUGCAAGCUAUGGUUUCUCCAGGACAACACAAAGACUUUGGUACUGAUUGGGGCAGGGAUGGCAAUACAAUCACAAAGGCGAAUGGCUAUCUGUAUCAGCUUCAGUCACCUUCUUUCUCAGUUUGCUUCAAGAUUCUCCUUGAAAUCUUGCAAUUUCUCAAAGGCCUCACAGUCAAGCUUCAAAUGCAAGCAUCUGAUGUCAUGUAUGCCUACAAGCAGGUUCAGUCAGUACGUUUAACUAGUCCUACAGAAAAUGAGAGAGGACUGUGUCCAAGAAUUCAAUAA